AUGGGUUCUACUACUUUGACAGCAUACAACGCUUUCGCCUCUGAUAAGGCUCAAGGCAACCCAGCUGGUGUUGUUGUACUUCCCGCACCAACUGACAGCCCCGAAUACAACAAGGAUGCGGAGUUUCCAUAUGAGAUAUUCCCUCCAGCUUCGAAGUUGCAAGAACUUGCCACAAAACUGGGAUAUCCCAUGAUCGCUUUCGCAGUUCCUCUAAAGGCAGGAAAUGACGCGCCUGACUAUGCCGUUCGUUGGUUCAACGUUUCCCACGAAGGACCACUUUGCGGCCAUGCUACUCUUGCCUUGUCCCAGCAUCUGUUUAGUACUCUACCGAACCCACCUCAAACGCUGAGGUACUUGACCAGGCUUCAUGGCAUCGUCUCUGCCUCUCUUCAUCAGAGCCCUUUCGGAGACGAGAAGCUCGUGGGUAUUGAGUUUCCAGAACUUCUUGAUCUUCCCACAGUACCAAAGGGGAGUGAGAGGUGGGAAGAAUUGAAAGGACUCUUUGAAGAGGCGACCGGAUCUGGGUGGGAAGGACAAGGCGAACCUGUUGGCUUGUUUGACCUGGAUCAGUAUCUCUUGCUCGAGUAUAGCCCUGAUCUGGAUCUCAAGAGUCUUAACAUCGAUCCCCAGAAGCUAGCCUCGCUCAACAAAUUCAUGUACCUAUUCCAAAUCUCGACCUCGCCUUCAGAGCAUAUCCACACUCGUGUGCUCAACGCCUUUGGAAAUCACUAUGCGGAAGAUAUUGCCAAGACGGGCUCUGCCCACCGAGCUAUUGUCCCACAUGCUUUGUCGAAUGCUGAGACUACAGCACGACUAACGCAGCAUCACCCCGAUUUCAGCGGAAACACGUUGAAGGCCUUGCAGCAGUCCAAAGAGGGAGGUCAAUUGACAGUCGAGUGGCUUCGGGAUACCAAGUCUGUGAGGAUCAUGGGCAAGGCUGUGCGGGUGAGCGAGAACGGUGUGGAUAUCUAA